AUGUUGUCGCUUCCAAUCUUGUGGCUCUGCGUCUCCGCCGCGCUCGCCAUCCCGGCGGGUAAGACGCCGCCGAUCCCCCCGGCCGACCCGGCGCCCACGCCUCCGGCGACCAUUCCGGUCUGUGCCUCGACGAGCCUGCCGUGCACAUUUGCCGUCAACAACAUUGCCUACCAAAAGUAUACGCCCUUUCCUGGCACCAUUGAGGAGGGUCUCGACUCCAUGACCUUGGCGUUUGGUGUCAUGAAUGAUGCAAACGACAUUAGUACGGCUUGCAGCUUUACGAAUGGAAAGUAUGGAGGUCAGUGGUCCGACAACGGAACGAGGUGGUACUCGUGUGGUUCGAGAACCAUCGUCGACGAAGAUGGCGCCCAGCAUGUGUUGAAAACCAAUGCACGUUUCGAUUGGAAUUCGUGGCAUCUCACUGUCAACCAGACGUGGGUUUGCGGUGAUGACGAAGGGCAAGAAUCCAGCAUUGGCGCAAAUGCCACAGUACUGCUGGCACCAAAAUGUACAAACGAAUCCACCACAGCAUACAAUUUCACGGAAUGUUCUGCACCAGACUUGUUGGGCGAUGGGUUUCCUUUCCUGGGUAAAUGA